AUGGGAGGCAAGCUCAAAAAGAAGAAGGGAUACAAUGUAAACGACGACAAGUCCAAAGACGCCAAGGCAGAGGGCGCCUCGGCCGAGGAGAGCGAAGCGCCGAAGGACAAGAAGGACGAGGCCCCCGCGGCCGGCGACGCUAAAGAGGUAGCGAACGACACGGCGGCCAAAGAGACGGCGGCGGCGGACGCCGCAGCACCGAAGGACGAGGAGAAGAACGCCGCUCCCACCGCCAAGGAGUCGGAAAAACCUGCCGCCAACGCCGAGCCCAAAGCAGAGGCGCCGAAAAGCGCCGACGCUGCCAAGGCUGACGACAAACCGGCCAAAGAGGAGCCGGAGGCGAAGGCCGCGGCGCCCGCCGCUGCGGCCGACAGCAAAGCGGAGGCCGACGCCAAAAAGACUGAGGCCCCCGCUGCACCGGCGGCCAAAGCCGAGGCGGCCCCGGCGACCUCGCCUGACCCCAAGCCCACAGAGGCAGCGGCUCCCGCGGCGACCAAAGAUGGCGCCGCCGCACCUAGUUCAACACCAGCCGCCGACGCUCCGGCCAAGGAGGCGAACGGCACGGAGCCGCCGAGCAAGGAUCAAACCGUAGCAGUUCAAGAUUAAUGGACAGCUUCUUUCCAAACCAAGAAACAAAUGACCUAACUCAACGAUGACAAAGAUUUAAAGAUGAAAUUACUAGCCCGCCCAUAUUGUUACGAUAACAAUAAUAAUAAUAAUUGUAAUGAUGAUGAUGAUUUGUUGAAGAAGGAGGACUGGAGACGUUUCCCACCAAUGCGUAUGAUUAUUGCUAUUAUUAUUGUUAUGUUUUAAUCUAUUUUUUCUGCUGUAGUAUUUGAACUUUGAUACGAGUCUGUGUCGGCCGCGCGCCUUUGCAACGUCACCUUCAUCCUUCAUCCACUCAUAACCUCCAGAAGGCCUGCAUUCAUGCUCUCACCUGCAGCCUCUGCUGCAGAGGAGUGAGAGGUCAAAGGUCAUUUCACCAGCUGGAUCUGCGUUACAUCUGUCCAGUCUUGUGACCCAGAACGUCCCGUCUCCCGGCGGUGGAGCUGCGACUGUUUGGGCUGAGAAUGCUGGAGCUUCCUGGGGAAUUUGAAAGGUUGAAAAUCGCUGGCUUUGCAAAUAACUGUAGGAUUUUUUCACAUAAACUUCUACAUUUUGUACUGAAACCCUUAGCUAUAUUGUAAGAAAACUAAGUGGUUUUUUAGCAUUUGUAAUACUUAAAAAAUUUGCAAAGCCUUGCCAAGAAUACCUUUAAAAUGUUCCAAUGAAGCUUAAAGUGAUUCUCUGGUCUUUCAAUCGGAUAGAAAGCGACACAUCCAGCCGACAGGCGAAACUCUCAGCUCGUCUGAACUUCCUUGUAAGGAUAAAACGCUGAUGUUUACUGAGCUUUGGAAAGGACGUGUCGAGUUGUGUCUUUCUAAAGACGGCAGACUAAACUGGCAUUCAAACAUCCUGCGAAGCUUUUCCUCCCCGAUAGGAAACCAAAUCCUGUAAAACUGUAACUGUCAGGUUUUACAUUAAAUACUUCAGUAUUUAGGGAAACCUCUAAAUAUUCCUGAGUCUGAGCGUUGAUGCCGUUUUCUUCACUUCAACAUCCUGGUAUUUAGAGAAGAAAUGACAUAAAACGGUAGAAUAUUAAUAUCUUAAUAUCGUGAAUUGUUUGUCAAAUUUGACUCCCAAGAUAUCCUGCCUGAGACUUGAUACCGAUGAGUCUUUAGAAUUAAGUCAAAGAUUUCACCCUUGAAGAAACAUUUUCUGUUUCCAACAGAAGUUCUCACUUUUCAAUCCAUCCUGUAACAAACUCCAACACAGAAACAGCUGUGUUGGAUUUAUGCAGCUGCAUAUGAAGCAGCAACACCAGCAGACAACUGGAGAUCAGCAAACAUGGAAAAUCAUUCCUAUUUAAACGAAACGUCAGGGAGCCAAGGACUCAGCCUUGGGGUUCACACAUACUAGCUCUUGGAAAUGAUUUCAUGUCCCUUGUAAUAACACAUUGCUCACAAUUUACAAAAUAUAAGUACGACUUCUUUAAACUUAAAUUUGAAAACAUCAUGUUCAGUUAUUUCUGAAUGAGUGUCAUGAUUUAAAGUGCCAAAUACAUGUUAAGAUCUGAAAUUGUUGCAACUCCGAGCUAAAAAUGGAUAAAAGCUGCAGCUGUUUCCACCAGAGGUCUUUAGUUUGGGAAAAAAAACUGAUAUGAUGAAUCCUUUUUGUUAGCAUGUCUGUUAGCAUCCCAUCUGUAGCUCUGGAGGACACUGGAAAAAUUAAUGCUGAAUUAAAAAAUGAAAAGGGAAAACAAAGUUUAUGAAGAAGUUAUUCUCCUAUCUUUGCAACGUUCAGAUUCUGCUUGUGACCCAGUUGUCCUCCAGUUCCACCAGUUCCACCAGUUCCACCAGUUCCACCAGGCUCCAGUGAAACUAAUGUCUUUGUAUCGUUGGAGAGUAAAAUACUGAGAAUACCAGCAACCUAAACUCCGACCGCCAGGCCUUCCUGUUCCUCCUGUGCAUAAAUGCAGGUUUAAGUGUCGUCGCCUCACCGUCCGUCUGUCCGUCUGCAUCCACCGACACGCGGCGUCUUCCUUCCAGCACUCGUUGAACCGUAGCAGAAACAAACAUCCGAGGACGGUUGUGUGUCACUUGAUUAUGUUUCUUUUCUUCCUCUCUUGACUCAGUAAUUGCAUGUCUGUGGUUGGGUGAACCUGUAGUCCUGUCUUUUUGGUCAAGUGGAAAAAAACUAAACAAAACAAAAAAAAAAAAAGUAUAGAUAAUUUCUCAGUCUGCAUCCAUGCCAACUACAAUCGAUAUUUUCAUUCCAUGUCUCACCGCCGCUAUUUCUACAUGUUCAUUCAAGCAAACAGACAAAAAAAAUGAUAUGGAAAUUGAUGCGUUAAAAUUCUAUGUACUUGUAUAAAUGGUGCAACAGUAAUAAAAUAAAAAUAAAAUUGACGUAAA